GCAGUUUAGAAAAUUUGUUGAAAGAAGUUAAUUGGAAAUUUGAAAAUUCUGCCGUAUUUAUGUGCUAAAGCGAAUUGUAGGCGCAUUUUGAGUUAUUGUCGGUCAAAAUAGUUACUUAAAAAAUAGAAAACUCUGUUUUGUAAAAACACUAUACCAUAAUAGGCGCAUUUUGAGUCAUCGCAAGACAAAAUAGGAACUUGAAAUUGAAAAGCGCUGUUGUAUAGAACAAAAUUGGAGAAAAAUGUCUUUUGUAAAUAACUACACGGAUCAACAAUUAUCGAUAACGCUCGACGGUUCUAAAAACUACACAAGAAAGCAACCACAGCAAGGUCCAGCGCCCCUUAUAGCAGUAAUAUCGGUGAUAGUUGCACUCGAAAUGAUGGUGCUACUGUUCGUAUUAAAAGUAUCGUGGGAUAAUGAACACGGCCCGAAGAGGAACGAAAGACAUCGAAUUCUAAAGUUUUUAAAGAACUUGUCGCCGUUGAAAAAAAGUUUCCUAGUUUCCAACUUUAUCAUAAUUUGCGACUCUUCGAUUUUCCUGGUACGACUUCUCGUGCCCAUUACCUACGACGACAUGGUGUGUUCGCUUAUGUUACGUGUUACUGGAAGCACUACGUAUUCAACCGCAAUGACGUCGGUGUACAUAUAUUUAUGGGCACGACAGUAUUACCUUCAUUCGUCUCCAGUAUUAAGGAAUGUUCUACCAAGAUGGCUGCCGAUAUUAAGUAAGUUGUCGCUUCUGCUAACAGUGCUGGCAUACGUCAUACCCCUUAUUAUAAUAUGGGGGAUGGCCGGUAUAGGGGGGAAUUACCGAAACGGAGAAUGCUACCAUGCAAAAAAUUCUUCGGCAGUGUUCCCCAUAGUAAUGAUGGCUACGACCAUUGCAACGCAAAUUUUUUACGUGUUUCUAUUUUAUGCAACACUGCGUUUACACAAAAAGGCGAACAAGUCAGCUACUGGCGGAAACGAAACGUUAAGGACAGCGUUCAGAUGCCUUUGCUUCGCCAUCGUGUGUGUUGGCACCGACUGCAUGGCUAUGGUGGCUAUUAAACUAACAGCUUCAUCACUGCCUGAAAUAUACGUUCACCUAUUCCCUAAGACCGAUCUUCUGUUCAACCUGCUAUGCAUGUUGUUUUGCUUCAGUACUUUUACAAGUACAAUGAAAAGAGCCGCCAACAUUCUGACUUGUGGGCAUUACCAAAUAACUGACGACUCCAACCAACCACAAAACAGGAGUUCUCUAAAAUCUGUGGUUGUGACGUCACACAUGGAUGACGUAUAAGAUUUCGAUGUGCGGUAUAAAAAAUGUACAGAAAUGUAAAUAAUAAAUUGGUAAAUUGUUAAUGUAAGAUUG